AUGAAUUUCUAUCCACCACCGCCAGUGAUUAAAGCAGACGUUUGGCUUCGUAUUCCCGACGAUAAGCGUUGCAUUGACCAAGAGUCAGAAUGGCGCGGGGGGUUUACUGGCUCCUUUCAACACAUUUUCCUCGAAGGACCUGGCUUUGACACUGUUGGAAAUCUCUACGUUGUAGAUAUACCCUACGGCCGCAUCCUGAGGAUUGAUAAGGAGAAGCAAGUUUCAGUUGCUUGUACUUGGGAUGGUGAGCCAAAUGGCCUUGUCGGGACCGCGGAUGGAGAUUUGUUAGGGAUUCUUUCAUUCGACCCUGAGACAGGGAAGAUAGGACCGAAGUUGAAAAGAAAGAACCUAGAACGAUUCAAGGGUCCAAAUGAUCUCAUCGCUGACUCAAAAGGGAAUCUUUACUUCACAGAUCAAGGGCAAACCGGGAUGACUGAUCCGACAGGACGAGUCUACCGCAUGUCACCCGAUGGAAAGCUAGAUACACUUCUUGACAAUGGCCCAUCACCCAACGGACUCGUUCUGUCUCGCGACGAACGCUUUCUCUACGUGGCCAUGACAAGAGCAAACCAAGUCUGGCGAUUGCCACUGCACCUAGACGGAACAACUUCCAAAGCUGGCGUGUUCUUCCAAUCAUUUGGCAACGCUGGUCCUGAUGGACUCGCUUUGGAUGAAGAGGGUAACCUUUUCAUCUGUCAUCCAAGUCUUGGAUCAGUUUUUGUGGUUGACAAGGAUGGUAUACCCAAAGCACGGAUCGUCAGUGGAUCAAAAGGAAUUAAUCUUACAAAUUGCUGCUUUGGGGGCCCUGAGCACAAGACGCUGUACAUUACGGAUAGCCUUGAGGGGAAUAUUCAGACUGUGGAAUGGCAUUGUCGCGGAGCAGUUGCUGCACCAUCUCUGAAGCAAAGUAAAUAUGAAUAG